AAAACUUGUGGAACUUCAAUUUUACGAAGAGGAGUUCAUCACAUUAAAAAAAUAUGUAUUUAUUGAUUGUCUAGAGAUAAUCCGUUUGUGUUUAAAAGUUCAAAAAUUGUUCGAUAGAUUACGUUUCAAAGUCACAGAGGAUGAAUUGGAUUUAGAAGUGACACAUUCGAAAUUUCGAGUAAUAGAAAAGAAUCUUAAUAAAAUAACUACUGAAAUAAAAGUAUUGGACAAGAUAAAGCAAUUAAAUUUCAAAACAAAGGGUGAUUUGGAUUUGUUAGUAGAGGUAAAUUCAAAACUUCAAGUAAUAAUGAAGAAUUUUAAUAACCUAAUUACUGUAAUUGAAAAAUAUGACAU